AAACGGAUGCACACUGGCUGGAUGCACCGGCGCGAAGAGAAGCGAAUCGAAUCGAAUCGUAUCGUAUCGAAGCGAAGCGAGGAAAACCUGAAGCUCUUCCAUAAAGAUCGAGAUCCCUGGUUUUUGUCCCAAAACCCGAGGCCGUGCGAAUGUCUGUUUCUGUCGGUUUCGGCGGCAGAAGCUCGAAGAGCUGCUAUCUUCAUCGCUCGGUCGCGUUGGUCGUUUAAAAGUGAAAUUUACUGAAUGAAAUGAAAUGUCUUCUGGCCAGCCCCGCUGUCUGGCCGAGUGGCUUUGUGUUUGAUUAUUGAUUUGUGACAAUUGUCGGCAAGGAAAUGACUGCAAAUUAGUUGGCAAACAUUCGCAGCCCGAAAAGGAUUAACAAAAACACAGCAGAUUAUAAAGCGAUUUGCUCGCGAAAUAGUGGAGAUAUUUAUUCCUGUGCCAGUGGCCGGAAAAAGAAGAUAAGACGACAAGAAAAAAACACCGAGACCGACGAUCAACGAACCACAAGAUGAUUGGUGAACGCCACAAGAGCCGCGAUUUGGUUACGAUACUUGGCCUGUUCCACCUCCUGCAGCUCCUCCUGCUCCACGGAUCCGCCGCCGGCCAUGUGAUCGAGGUCUUGGCUCAAUCAACAACCGCAUCCAAGUCGGAGUCGCAGACUUUGGAGACGAAGACGAAUGGCAGUCAGGAUGGGGCUGGUCUAACGCCCGGUGCGACAACUGCUCAACGGCUGGAUCCGAACAACAACAACGAGUGGAGACCCCUGGGACACGGGGAUCCCCUGCAGAAGGAUCCCACCUAUGACUACAGUCCGCCGGCCCUGGAAAGGGUACGCUACUGGGCGGAGAACAACAGCACGGGUCAGAGUAAUCCGGAAGCCAGGAAGAAGGAGCUACCGCCGGAGGUCCUACGCAACAAAACCAAAAGCGAGGUGCUGCUCCUGGGCGUGGCCAGUGAACGGGUCAGGGUGCCCCACUCCCACUCCUAUCCACCAGUUGGAUUGACCCACAAUCAACAGCAUCAGCAGCAGCAGGCCAAAUAUGCCGCCAUCCGGAGGAGCUACUAUGCCCCCACCCAGCAGCAACAUGGUCCACAAACCCAACAUAUGCCACCCCAUUUCAAUGCCCAGCAGCACAUGCCACCCACCCAUUUGAUGCCACCGCCCAUGAUGAUGAUAAAGUCCAGUGGUGCCCCUCCUCAACUGGAGUACCGACAUAGUAUGAUGGCCACCGGAGCACCCACCUCCUAUAUGAGCCUCAACCAUAUGAGUUCACCGACGCCCAAAUCACCGAUGACUUCCUCGGUGAUCUACCAUCAACCAAUGGGUCACCACACCUCGUUGUCAUCCUCCACGCCCUGGUUGACCAGCAUGCCACCACAUCGCCUGAGUUACUCGGAUCCUCAUCUCCAGGAGUCCAUGCACACCUACAGCUUUUCGAGGCCCCACCACCAUCAGCAGUCGAUGAUGAGCUACUCGCCCAACUCGCUGCCAGGACUUCAGAGUGGCUCCAAAACGGGACUAAGGAAACCCUGGCUGCAUGAGCUGCUUCAGAAAGAGGUGGUGGUCACAUCUAAACCCAAGGUUAAGCCCACAAUGCCGGCUACCAAGUAUCUGAUGGGCACCAGUAAGCCACAUCAUCCACUUCCUCCUAUGGGAAUGGGCAUCAGUUCCACCCGACUACCGUUUACCUAUGCCCCGGUGACCUUUGUGCCUGGGCCACCCACCAUUGCAGUGCCCACAGUGGCCACCAGACAUGAGUUGCAACCCGAGAUCUACAUUACACCCACUCCACAAACGAGUAACACCGGCUUCAGACCCAUGUUGAUGACCAGCACAACCACUGUGGGAACCACACCUUCCACCACAACGCCCAUUUAUCACCGAACCAGCACAACAACCACGAGUAAUCGCCUGCUCAUCCCCCAGACGAGCAAUCUGGCCCAGAGACCCACAGUGGCUCCUGCUCCAAGUGAACCCACCACCGAUUCGCUUUUCUCCCAUUACAAGCAACCACCGAAACCCCUAAUGGGACCCAUGUACCUCAUUAUCGAGGGUCACUCCAAGGUCAAGACCUAUGGCCAAAACGAAUUGGAUCCACAUAGUCCCAAGAUAGUGCCGGUUAUCUCGAAGCGGGAACCUGUGGUUAGGAUAGCUGAUCCCCACGAGAAAAGGGGCACAGUGGAGUCCUAUCAGGUUAAGCAUUUGCAUACCAAAACCACGCCGAUGACAACGACAACAACAACGACUACGACGACUAGUAAACCCACUACAACCACAAGAGCUCCUCAAAAAGCUCCAGUCUACAGCACUACUAAAGCUCCGGUUAGCACUACUAAAGCUCCGGUUAGCACUACCCCAAAGAUAACUAAACCCCCCACUGUAAAAACCACUAAAGCAACAACAACCAAAGUACCCAUUAGUAGUACCACCCCUUUAGUUCCAAAACAACCCAAUUCAGAACCCCCAAGUGGUGUAAAUGAUUUGCUGAGUCUACUGGACAAUAUGUUUGCCGAUGCCCAUGAGAUUGCCUCAUCAACGGGGACACCUUUGAUGGCUAGUUCUACCACGAGCACCGUGCUUAAGCCAGUUAGCACCAAGUUGAUGCCCCAGCAACCAGAACCGAGAAUUUCCAGUAAGGCGGGGUCCAUAGACAGUGUGCUCGAAGAUGAUGAAGCCGGUGAAGAUCUAGGGUCAGCGAUUUCCACCGCGACACCACCUCGAUCAACGCGUCAGAUCUUUGACUAUGAUCAACUGCCAGAGUCACGGAUUAAAGUCGGGGUCACCACCAGCGAUAUUUUGGAAUACAAUGAUGAUGAUGAUGGGGAGGAGGAGCUGGAGGAAGAUGAUCAGACCACCGAUGGUCAAUUAGAGGAUCAGAAGAACGACGAGGAGGAUGAAUCAGAUGAAUCACACAAUUUACUCAAGCGAAUCGAUCAAUUUGUGGAUGAUGCCGACGAUGGGGAUGACGAUUUGGAGGACCUCAUCGAGGGUCUGGACGAGGACGAGAUCGACGAAAGGCGACAGCAGCAUUAGCCCAAGAUAAGCAUUUUUCUUAAACUGCGCUCUAUACCAAAUCUAUCAGAAACUUUUUCUCACGCCUAAUACGUUCUUGUACAUAAGUCAGCUUUAAUUGAAUCUGUAUUUAUUUGUUGUUAGUUCUUAGGCCUGCUGGCGUCACAAUGUGACUGCACUCUAUAACAUACAAUUUCGUUGUGUAAUU